UGGGGCAACGCUGUGACAGGCUCUGAGCCUCAGAAAGCGGCCAGACCUUGCCGGCUGAACAAUGACGUUACUGUGCACAGCAUUAUCAUGUGAUUAGUACAAGUUCAUGUGAACUGUGAUACAUCUUGCAGUAAAAACUAGUGGAAGUGAACUACGGGAAUGGUGUUUUUCAUAUGAUAAAGCACGAGUAAAGCUAGCAACAUGUUAACUGCGAAAAAAUUCGUAAUAUCAUUAGCAAUAUUCACAGUAUUGUUAUACAUAAAUAUUUAUCUAACCAAAGUUACCAAAACCCAAAUAAUUGAAUACUACAAUGAUAUCAUGAAAGAAAGAAAACCUAGUGAACACCUUGACAAAAAAUUGACGUUGAAACAAAAUAGAAAAUCUUUCAACGAAAGUCAGCAAGAUGAAGUUUCAUCAGUUGACAUGUUGACGAGUGUCCCUUCCAUGACUCUAGACGAGGUCGUGACACCAAGGAAAGAUAUUGAAGUUGUCUUUCCAAGCAUAACAAACUGUUCCAUUCAAGAUUACCAACGACAAGUGAUGAGAAAGCAUUACAAUUCUAGAGCGUUCCUCUAUGCCUGUAAGAAGUGGCAGCAGCCGAAUCCUGGCGUUCCUUGGCCCAUGGUGGUGCCACCAAGCAACGGCUCCGUCCUUAGGUCACUUCCCGUCCGUCACCAGAACCCUGAGGUGGAACGGCUUCUGCAAGAGCAGGCUGCGGUACAGGCGGAGCGCGUGAGGCUCCUCACUGAUACAUGCCUCCAUCACCCGGAACUGGCAACGAGGUGGUACUUCAGGGUGGUGUGGGACACUUCCAGGACGCCACCGCUGGUCUACUGUCCAGUCUAUAAGGUCGCAUCCACUACCUGGUCAGUAUACUUCUUACGUCUGGCUCACACAAACAUUAAAAAGAAAAGAAUAGGAGACCUUCAUACCCUAAUGUCUGACAAGUAUCCUCCACCAAAGACAAACAAGGAGAGGCAUGCUUUGUUCCCCAAGUCUUUACGUUUCAUCACAGUACGGCAUCCAUUUACCAGACUGCUCUCCGCUUAUAGGGACAAAAUUGACAAUGUGAAACCAAAACCUUUCCAGCCAUAUUUUCUCGACCUGCAAAGGGCAAUAAUACAAAAAUAUAGAGCACCACACAGCAAUAACACCGAACCCACUCCAACAUUCCCUGAGUUUGUUCAAUAUGUAAUUGAUGCAACGGAAAAUUUCACAACAGCAAAAGAUUGGGCAGAACAUGUUGUGUGUUGGACACCUUACUGGGUGCAGUGUGCUGUCUGCUCCUCCGAUUAUCAGGUUGUCAUCAAACUGGAGACAAUGUACACUGAUGUACAGUUCCUGGCUGAAGUUGCUCAGUUAAAAGAAAUUCAAAAUGUAAAAGAGUGGUUUAAUAAGAAUAAGAGUCAUGGCUCAUCACCUUCAGUGAUUCCAGAUUACUUUGAACAACUAACAAAAAAACAAAUCAACUUGCUAUACCAGAGAUACAAACUAGACUUUGAUUUAUUUGGAUAUUCCAUUGAAGAAUAUCUUAGUUAUGGUAGAACGUAAACAAUGAGAUGCAAACAAUCCCAUGGUUGGAGCAUCUUCAUAGUGUAUACUGUGUAUACUGUAGUGUAAAGUGUGUUGAGGGCAUAGCAGAGAGAAUGAGUGAAGAGACUUUGAGAUUUAUAAUUUGCAUAAUUUUCUGUGGAAUGCUGAAGAAAGUUGGGGUGCAUGCAUGCAUAUGCAGCCUUGUGUGGAGGCUAAUUCAUAGGCAGCUAGGCAAGCCUCAUAUGAGGAAGAACAGACACAGGAUGUUUGAAAAUUAUGAUUAUGAUAAACAUUAAUGGUCUUGGGUUUAUUACUCGGGUACAAUGUUUCUGUACUAUGCUGUGAUGCAACAAUUUUCUGUGGAUGUUAAACAACACUAAAUAAUACAGCCUUUUGUAAUCUCUGCAUUGCUCUCACCCAAUGGAAGUCAAUUAACAUCAAAAUAGGCACGACUUGUUUUUAAUUGCUAACAAACAGUUUAGGUGUUAUCUUAUUGCUAACAAACUGUUUAGAUGCUCAAUACAAGAUAUAUCUAAACACAUAUCACUAUACAUUUACAUAAGUAAUGUACUGAAGUAAUGUACUGGAUUCACA